AUGAGGGCACCUAAUCGAGCUAUUAAAAGAGAGUACUUUCGACUACCGUUGUUGGAGGAAAUGAAGGUCAAGCUUCAUGGUGCAAAGUUCUUCUCAAAGCUCGAUCUGACGAACGCUUUUUAUCAUCUGGAGCUCCACGAAGAAUCACGAGACAUGACCACAUUCUUAUCAGAAAAUGGAAUGUAUAGAUUUACCCGAUUAAUGUUCGGGGUAAAUUGUGCUCCGGAGAUUUUCCAAAGAGAAAUGUGCCGGAUACUUGGAAGCGUCGAAAAUAUCAUCGUGUAUAUCGACGACGUGCUCAUCUUCGCGGAUACGUUAGAAAACCUUCGUGAAACUGUAAAACAGGUUUUAGAAAUUCUGAAGACGAACAAUUUGACCAUAAACUCUAGCAAAUGUGAAUUCGAUAAGACCCGAAUUCAAUUCAUUGGUCACGAACUUGACGAAAAUGGCUUCAACAUCGAUGAAAUGAAGAUCAAAGAUAUUCGUAAAUUCAGAGCUCCUUCUACAGCUUCAGAGCUCCGAAGUUUCUUGGGGCUUGCAUCCUUUGUGAGCUCAUACAUCAAGAAUUUUGCGGAGAUUGCAAGCCCAUUGUGGACAGUCAUCAGUACAAAUGAAUGGAACUGGGGUCAGGAACAGGAUCGAGCUUUUGAACUUCUGAAGGAUAAGAUUGUACACUGCACUACAUCUCUGGGAUACUUUUCCGAAAGUCAGAAAACCAUCAUUUACACGGAUGCUUCGCCAAAUGCCCUCGGCGCUGUCCUCGUCCAGCAGGAUAACGAACAAGCAUACCGCAUUAUUAGCUUUGCAUCCAAGUCAUUAACGGCGACUGAGAAACGCUAUCCUCAAAACCAGCGCGAGGCUCUAGGAGCCGUCUGGGCCGUAGAGCAUUUUGCCUACUUUUUGCUUGGAAGGACUUUCACGCUGCGAACUGAUGCGCAGGGUUUUACGUUUAUCUUGAAUAGAUCACGAGAAAACUCUAAGCGGGCACUCAAUAGGGCUGAUGGAUGGGCGCUCAGGCUAAGUCCGUACAACUUCAACGUUGAAUAUGUGCGUGGGCGUGAGAACAUUGCAGACCCAUCCUCAAGGCUGUAUGACGGUGAUGACGGCCCUUUCGAAGAAGCCGACAGCCCAUGGGAAAUAGCUUGCCUUGAAGCUAACGAAAUAAGGUUCAUGACAGAAGACCAGAUCAGAGAAGCUACAAACACUGAUCAACAACUGCAGGAGGUCAAUGAUUCUCUGGCUUCAGGCUCAUGGCCAAGCCAUCUACGGAAAUUCAAGGUACUUAAGAACGACUUGAACAUGCGGAAUGGAAUCCUGACGAAGACUGGUUGUGCGAUAAUUCCAGAAAGUCUUCGCCAUAAAACAUUAGCAAUAGCUCAUCAAGGCCAUCCAUCAAUAGCCAAGCUCAAGAGCAUUUUGAGAGAAAGGGUAUGGUGGCCGGACAUGACCAAAGACGCGGAAACAUGGGUUAAUUCUUGCAAAGUAUGCGCAACAACUGGAAAGCCCGAAAAACCGACACCAAUGCAACGUGUUUUUGCACCGAAGUCGGUAUGGGAAACAAUUGCCGUUGAUUUCAACGGCCCAUAUUUAAAAUUUGGAGGCAUUUCGAUUUUAGUGAUAGUCGAUUAUCGGUCGAGAUAUAUAAUCGCCAAACCGCUGAAAUCUACUAACUUUGAAAACACCAGGAAAGUUUUGGAUGCAAUAUUUGAGAAGGAAGGAUUUCCUCAAAGUAUUAAAUCCGACAAUGGACCGCCUUUCAACGGCGAAGAUUACAAAAGAUACUGUCAUGAGCGUGGCAUCAACAUUAUCUUUUCAACUCUUAGGAAUCACCCAGUCACGCAUCAACGUCUACACGGUCUUACCUCUUCAACUGCUAGCACUCGAAAGCCGCGCGCAUUUGGCGAGUGA